AAUGUUGGAUGUCUGGGAAACAAUAAAACGAUAACAUUCUUGUAGCUCUUCCAAGAUAUAUCAUGUAUUAUUAUUCGUUAAAAACCACAGAAACUUGUUUGAACUUUUAUAGGUAUUCUCAGUCUGACUCCGGUUUCUGCUGUAAAUGCUACUGCAUCGCUCCAAAAAUAUUUAAAAAAAACAAUGCUUAAAUACACGUUGCCAAUACAUAAAUUUGGUUAGCUCAAAAAAAAAACCACGAUUUUGUUGGUGAUAUUUAAGCAAUUAAUGUAUCAUGUACAAAUGUUUUUCAAACUAAAGUAAUCUUAACUCUAGGCUAUCAUAGCUGUCAUUUAAUAAUUCUCACAAAUUUUGUAUAAGUUUUCAACAAAAUUCUAACGAAAACUCCAUAUUCUCGUAAUAUCAGGUUCUCUUUAUCAUUUGUAGAUGGCGCAAAUGCUAUGUUUAUUUCUGCUUGCCGACAAUGCAGACAUAACUUUCGUUGCAGACAGCUAAAUUUUCGCUCGAUCAGGUUAUGUGUUAAUUUAAAUGAAUGUGCAUUGUUAAUUUAAUCCAGUGUAAACUACAAGUACAGUAGUUGUUUUGAAAUAUUGUCGGCAUUUCGAAAACAAUAAAAUGCCGCGGUUUAACAUCUUAAAACUUGUGGGGGAACACUCCAAAAGAUUUGCCAAUUUACCUGACAGAUACAUUAAGAGAUCAAUGGAGAGGAUAUAUUGGAAAACCCCUGGACCACCCAAGUAUCUUGCUCGCACUCAUGAGAAAAAAGUUUUCCAAUUUGAUAUGCAUCGUCCAUGGACUAAUGAAUUUAAAUUGGAAAAUCCGGAUGGUCGAAUACCUGAAAAAAUUCAUGUAGAACCUGUUUUACACUGGCCAUUCUAUAGAGGAGACAGAGUAGAAAUUAUGGUUGGGCCUGACAAGGGCAAGCAAGGUAUCGUCAAGAUCAUUUAUCAAGAAAGAAAUUGGGUCAUCGUAGAAGGACUUAAUACUGUUCUAGAAAUGAUGGGAAAAACCAAAGAUUUUCCGGGUAUGCCAAUGCGAAAAGAAAUGCCUUUAUUGAUUACUACUGAUGUACAGCAUGUAGAUCCAACUGAUCUCAAGCCAACAAAAAUAGAAUGGAGAUAUACAGAAGAAGGUGAAUUAGUGAGGGUAUCUGUUAGAACUGGUAGAAUUAUCCCUGUUCCACCAUCUCAUUAUGAAACAAUUGAUUAUAAAACACCUGAAGCAUAUGUAGAAGGUGACAAAGAUACUAUCAAAGCAGAAGUUCAAAAAAUGACUUAUGAGCCCAAUCUGAAAACAUUCGACAUGGAUCUCAAAGACAAAUUAGGAAUUGUAGAAAAUCGUGUAAGAAAGAAGACAUAUUGGUAUUAGUUUGUUAUAUAUUACUUUAUGUUAAUUCUAAAUCCUCAAAAAGAUUGUAAAUAUAUGUUGAUUUUAUAAAAUGAAUUCAAAAACUCAGAAAUGUUAACUUUGUA